AUGGUAACGCUGCGCUUGGCCGCUUCGCGUAUAAGCUACAGGCAAAUGGGAACCGGAAGUAUGGGGCUAUAUCUCCCGCGAGCAAAACCCCUGCUCCUCACAAGCUGCUGGAGGAAGUUACGUUUACCAACUUCCGUGCUCGUGACGUUUACCUCAUUUCCGGUUUCUGCCGAAGCGACCAGCGAGGUGUGCGGGUUUUUUAUUAUUAUUACUAUUUCGGCUCGGCUUACGCUGCCGGCACGCAUGCGCGACGUCUCAAUCGCUUCAGCUUUCGGCGACGGCGGCGGCGGCGGUGGAAGUCGAGGAGUUCGGAAGUUCAAAAUGGCCGCGGCGACGAUAGUGGAGUCGGGGCUGCGGGGGCGCGGGUAAGAAGAAGAAGAAGAACCAUAAGAUAGAUAGAUAGAUAGAUAGAUAGAUAGAUAGAUAGAUAAUAUUAAAGCACGCGGUUUAGUUUCGGUAGCUGUGAGGGAGAAAGUCGGGUGGGCGAGGGAAGGGGGGAGGGAGAACGUGCUGUUGAGCCGUUAUAACGGUCGCGAGGAGGCCCUGGCCGGGCCUGGCGUCUGAGGCCGGAGCGGGACGAGCUUCUUCGGAGCCCGCCCUUAACCUCGAGCGGGCAGGCACGAAGCCGGCUUUUCCCUCGCCGCCACCCGGCCCUUUCCCAGCGCCUGCUCGGGCCCCGAAGGCCUACCUUUGGGUCUCGCCAGAGUUGCCGCCCCCACCCGGAAGGGAGUCCCAGCGCCGGGCCCUCAAGGCUCGGGCGCCGCGCGAGCUUUCCUUCCCUGGGGGAGGAACCCCCGAAAGGUUUGCUGGAAAUUAAAUGCCGUUUAAGCCUCUCCUGCGGCGGCGGGGGGGAGGGGCGGGUUGGCACGUCGCCUCUCGCCUUACGCUUUCUUUGUUUUAAGAGAACGAUCGUGCGCAAUGGCGAGAGCCGCACCAAAUUUUUUUUAAAAAGGGAUUUUUUCUUUUUCCCGCACAAGUUAACGUGCGAGAUUUGGGGCGGGGGGAGGUUCCUGCUCAUGCUUAUUUUGAGAGUUAACUCUGUUCCAUUUUGGACUUAUCGACGUGGCUGGGGAAAUGUCUGACGAGCCUGGGCAAAGUUACUAGCCCUAGUGGGAUUGUUGUUGUUGUUGGAUUGAUUGAUUGAAUUUAUAUACCGCCCUCCAUCCAAAGAUAUCAGGGUGGUUGCUCAUAGACAUGCUGUGCUGUUUUUCCUUUGCCAUCAGUGCUGCUAAGUACUUCACUAACAGAUUUCUUUGGUAUUUUACUGGUUUUUAAUUUCCACAUCACUGAUUUUGUUUCUCCGGCGUGCUUCAUCUCAAAUAGAGGUCUACACAUUUCUUCCGAUGCAAUCUGAGUGAUACGAUUGCUUAUAAAUAAAGUUGUGGCACAGUCUAAAUGCCAUAUGGGUCUAUCACACAUGCACAUUUGGCUUUUUGUGUCUUAGUAACUCCUUACAGGCAAAUAAGUGCUAGUGUUUAACUUAUAAACCACAUGACGUUUACAUUGUAUUUGUUAAAGCUGCUCCCACUCCAGUGACAUUUCUGGAUUAACAGCUGUUACAAUGCUUGUAGUCUAAAGCUAUGGUCAGGAGCUAAGCCAGUUAAAAUCAAAAGACUGGCAUAAAAAAUGAAUUAUUUAAAUUAUUUUAAAGACCUAUUUGUAUUUUUGUAAUAAAGAACCUUGCAUCCCAUAUUUCAUGAGGAUGAAAUUGCCAGAGUUAUGAAAGAUUACAAUGUAUUGUCCUGUUUAUGUAAUUUUAGGGACAUAACAGUAUAGAUAGUCAAAUACCAAAGUACAAACUAAAGUAAGAACUCUGGUGGGAUAUCGGCUUGAUCAUGCAUUUUUUACAUAGGUGUGCAUGUAGAAAUCAGCCUUUACCAAAGCUCUGCUACCUAACUUUUAUUUAGUCUAGCAUUUCUCAGAUGUCUUUGGGGAAAAUCUAAUGGGCAUUUUGUGCUCAUUAAUUUCAGAGUAAAUGUAAUCCAACUUGCAGGGACUAAUUGAUUAGUGAACAUGAAUAGGAUCAGUAUGCAAGAAAUUUGGGCAAUAAGCUCAUGUUGUGAGCUGUUGAAAGCACAAUUUCUGGCUUUUCACCAGAAUACACUUUUUUUUACAGCUAUGGUAUCCAUGGGUUAUUAGAUUAGUAACUUCCUUUUUAUGAGGCAAUCCCUAAACAAAUCAUAGACACACAAUAAACUUGUAAAACUCAAUUUCCAGUUGAGGGUGACUUGCUGGUUAGUUAUUAGCUGUAAACAUUUUGUGGUUGGAUGACCCAUGUAGAAUUUGAAAUACUGUAGUUCCACUUAUUAAGCUAACAUGGCAAUCCAGAUCUGUGCAUUUAGAUGGGAUGGUGUCUGCUGACUUCCAGCAGGAAAGUCCCACAGUCAGGGUGUGCCCACCCAAACAGUGGACUGGUGGAGAGUACUGUCAGUGGCACCCAGCAGCCCACUUCCUCCCUCCAGCAAAUGGGACCGGCACAGGAUCUGCUGGAUCCAGUGUGGACACUGCUGCCAUCGCAUGAUAGAACAGGCUCAAUCUGGGCCUCUUUGCUGUGUCAGCUUGGCAGCUAAUGCAGUAAAGGGGCAUGUUACCCUCUCCCCACUGUUUCUGCUUCAGCCAGAACAAGCACUGGGGCUCCUAAGCAGUGCAAUUUUUGCUAGUUUUCACUACAACUUUCAUGCGUCAGAGCUUGCUUCAUGCUGCAGAUGAUUUGGUAAAAAUCAACAGCAGUUACAGGAUGAAACACAAAUUCUUUGAGAAGGUUUUAAUAAAACUUGUUUUUCUUGCUAGAACUUGUUUUCUUUUUCUUCACUGUUUUCACAAUUGAUAAGCAUAUGGACAAGGUCAGAUUGCCCGUUUAUGUCAGCAGUCCAUGGGAGGGGACUCUUUAUUCACUGUCUACAACUUCAGUUAGGUUGAGGGCAUAAAUAUACCAUAUUGAAAGGUACAGUAGUGAAGAUGGUGGUGUAUUCAACUACCUUUAUGCCACAGUACUGUGCUGGCUUUCCUCCCAGUUGUCUAAAAAUCACUGAAGUAAUAGAAGUCGUUAGAUUGUUUUCCAAAGUGAUUGACACACAAUUAUUUCCUACUUCUUAAAAUAAGAAAAAUAACAAGAGGAAGACAAUACUCUAAUUUUCAUUUUGUUUAAAUACACUUAUUGGCCAUAAGGCACAUAAUAGUUGCACAAACCAUAUGUUCACACAGAUAUUUUCAUCUUUUGUUCCUCGUGAAUGGUAGGUGGGCAACAGAUUCCUGGAUCUAUGCUUGGUAUCAUGCUCGGGGAUACUACAUUCAUGACAGUGUGUUUUACUCACAGUUCUGGCUUUAUAUUUUGGAGACAAUGGAUUAUAUCCAACUAGUCAUACUCAGAGUAGAUCCACUGAAGUCAGCGGACUUAAGAUACUCAUAUUAGUUAUGGCUGGCGUUGGCGAUAACCCCACAUGUAUCUCAUUUUUUUAAGCCAAGUCAGUAUGCUAAUUUGAUCUGUAAAAUUCUGAAGCAAUUUAGUCUGAUACCUAGUUCAACAGCCUUUUUGGAUCAAUGGCCACAUUUCAAAUUUUGAGAGAGUGCUGUGGGUGCAGGUCACAAAAUGGUUGCCAUAGAGAGGGCAUAGCAUAAUGCAACAUGGCUGCUGGGAGGGCAUGGCACAACACAAAAUUGGAGACCGUUAUUGCAGCUCCCCCACCCCAAGAACUUCACUCAUACCAUGGGAAAUCAGCUAUAUCCUGCUGGUCUUGAUUGUGGAGAUACAGCUGUUAAAAGGCAGAAGAAUCCUGCUUUCACCCAUUCCAACUGUAAAUCAAAGCCUAGGCUGUCAUCCUGUACCCACUUAUCUGGGAGUAAGCCCCAUUAGAAACAAAGGGACAUACAUUUGAAUAGACUUUUACCAUUGUACAGUCAAUUAAUGUUACAGUGAAAUCUUAGUCCCUAGUCUUUAUCUUAUAACACAAGAAGACAUGUCUCCCCCUCUUUUGCAAAUUUUUAACAUUUGCCGUUGGAAGGGAGGGAGAAUUCUGUAACACACCCCCAUACUUAUACAGUAGUAUUUGCAGGAAAUAACUCCCAGAACUAAUACAAACCUACCACAGGCAAGAUGCACCCUGGUUGUGAGGCAGAAAGGAAGGGUAAAUGACAUCUUCCAGGGACAGGAAAAAAAUAAAGCAGGAAAAUGCAUGGAAAGGGAGGGGAAAGCAGGUGCUCUUUAGGACCCCAGGGAUUCCUGUAGCCUGGUGUCCAAACAACUACUUAGCAAUCAUAGGCACACCUCUAAUUUUACUUGUUGGCUAAAAACACUUAACAGGUAGGAACAGCUAGGCUAGCUCAUUUCACAGAAAUUGCCUAUAAGGGUACCUGUGCAUUUUUCUUCCUAACUUUCUUCCUAGGAGGGCUAGAGAUUUGCUUUUUUAAAAAAUGAAAUUGAGUCUGGGGCCCAUGCCAGGUGUGCCAAUGAAGGCCGUCAUGGGCACUGGGUUGGCGAACCAUGGUAUAAUAUUUAUACAUUGGUAUUUGAGCCUCUUAUGUAUGAACAGUAUGUGUGAAUUUUAGUGAUGCUUGUUAUUUAAUUAUAUUUAGUUCUUAUAUUCUUAAUUUCAUCUAAACUCUAAUUCUAAUCCUUAGUUGUGCAAUUGAACAUGUUUUGUUCUUGGUCCCAUAUGCUCUAUUUGUUUGAAUAAAAAUAUUAUCUUGAUUCGUUCAUCAUAAGUUAGCUUAUCAGGAACCGUAGAAGAAUAGCAAUAAUAAAUGGUCUGUAGUUUAUUUUCUAGUUAUUGAAUAAAAAAUCCUUUCUUUAGCAAGGAUGAUGAACAUGGCUGUUUAAACUAAUUGUGCCCCAAAGCAAAUCUGAAAAUAAAUGGGGCAAUAAUGGAUCAAUGUAUAAAAAUAUACUUUGACUGACAUCUUAAGUGUAAUUGUGUUGUUGAUCUAAUUCACAAGUAGAAGUAAAAAAUGAACCUGCCAGAGAGUGAUUUUGCCAUCUUAUUUUUCUGCACUAGUGUAUUUGUGCUGUGUUGUUAUUGGGUAAUUACAGUUUACUUGUAGGAGGGAUCCUUGAUGGUUACAGGCACAGAUAUGCUUCUGAUAUAUUUUGCUUGAAUGCAGGUUAAGAGUUCUCUAAACAGUUAUGGGCAAAUUUCUUGCUCUCUUGUCUGCCUAGCUGCCCCCCUAAAUUCUUCCCCUCCAAAGACUUUCCUAAGGAUUGGGAGACUGUCCUAUGUGGGGUAAGCUGUGUCACAGGACUGAGGGGGAAAGGAAAGAUCUCAGAAAAUUUGGUCAGAUCUCUGGCUGCAAACCAUAAUAUUUCAUUUGAUCUCUGAUUUAUUCUAUUUAAAUAUAUUUACAGAAUUGAUGAUGCUGAUAUUUCUGAGAGAAGUGCAAAUGAAGAAAAUGGGGACAUUUCAGAAGGAGAGCAACCACAAAUUAAACACAGCCGGCAUAAAAAAGAAGCACAAACACCGAGGUAAACAUAAGAAACAUAAACAUUCUUCAGAAGAAGAUAAGGACAAAAAACAUAAACAUAGGCACAAACAUAAGAAACAUAAACGAAAGGAGAUUACUGAUGCCUCUGAUAGAGAAGAUGGUCCAGCAAAAAGAACUAAAAUUGAUUUCUUAGCUCCUUUAGAAGACUUAGAGAAACAAAGAGCAUUGCUUAAAGCUGAACUUGAAAAUGAGCUAAUGGAAGGAAAAGUUCAGUCUGGGAUGGGAUUAAUAUUGCAAGGUUAUGAGUCAGGUUCUGAAGAGGAGGGAGAAAUCAAUGAUAAGGUGAGAAAUGGGACUAGAUCUGCAACUAAGUCAUCAAACGCUAAAGGGAAACCAGAGAUUGUAGACAAUAAAACAAGUUCAAAGAAACGGAGUAAGAGCAGAUCAAAAGAACGGAUUCGGCACAGAUCUGAUAAAAGAAAAGCAAGUCAGGAGUUGAUGGAAUAAAGAGAAAGCAACAAGAAGUAAAUCAAAAGAGAGGAGAAAAUCAAAAAGCCCAUCUAAAAAAAUAAAGUCUCAAGAUCAAGUAGGAAAGUCAAAGUCUCCAACUCUUAGAAGGCGCUCUCAGGAGAAAAAUAGGAAGUCAAAGUCUCCAGAAGAUAAGACUAAAGCAGAAGAUAAGAUGAAGUCUAGAGAUCAUAAAAAUCUCCAGCUGUUAAUGAAAGUAAAAACAGAGAUCGUGGCAAAAAUCAAAAUCUCCAGUAGAACAAAGAAGUAAAUCCAAAGAUAGACGAUCAAGGUCUAAAGAUCGAAAAUCCAGGAGAGUGGAGGCUGAAAAGAGAAGAAGCCCACCAAAUCUCCUUCUAAAGAUGCAUCAUCAGGGAAAGAAAACAGGUCUCCUGGUAGAAGACCUGGCCGCAGCCCUAAAGGAAGAAGUUUGUCUCCAAAACCACGAGAUAAACCAAGACGCAGCAGAUCACCUCUCCUUAAUGAUCGCAGAUCUAAGCAGAGUAAAUCGCCCUCUCGAAAUCUGUCUCCUAGGAGAGCAAAGAGUAGAUCCGUAGAAAGAAAAAGGAGAGAAUCGGAAAGGAGGCGUUUUUCUUCUCCAAGGUAAUUUUAAUGAAGAAAAUUAAGAAUCAAGUGGUUUUAAUUUUUUUUAAAUGUGCCCGCCUGUCCAUCCCCUAACACAUGAGAGGUGCUGAACUGGUAAAACCGAGAUGCCAAUUUGCAAAGGAAGAAAUAGGAGAACACUAUAAGUGAACUCCCGAUUCUUCCUUUCCAGCUAGUGGCAAAUAAACUUGAAUGACCUGGUGCCAUAUGAUGUCACGUAACUGACAAGUAGGUGGUUCUGCCCACCAGUCAAAGUGGCCCAUAGAGGGUGGGCCAAUUCUGGGUCUACUCAGCCGGCUGGAUCCAAUUUCCCCUGGUAUGUGUUAUAGAAAUUUGUGGAAGACCUUUGAUUUAUUUAACAAAAUAUCAAAAAUAAUAGCAUAGUAACUUUUGAGGUUUUAAGGGUUUAAUAAUAAAACAGUACGCUGAGCCAGACUUGUCAGUCACCACUAAUAUUGUUUCUUGGGAAGUAGAAACGUCAAAGCAGAGAACACUUUGUAACUUUUUUCCAAGCUUUCUGUAUGCUACAAAUAACUAGCAUAGGUAUGUUUGGAAAGGCAGACUGUUGCAGGCAAUAAAAGCAUCACAUGAGGAUUUGGUGUGAAUAUAAAACUUGAUUUGCUAACAUUUCAGCAGUUUUCCUAUAGUAUGUAACAUGAGGAAGGUAUUGUCUGGAUGCGAACGGGAUCUGUUCUGGAGCCCGUUCGCAUCCAGACGCGAACACAACCCACGUCUGCAGGUUGCGAUUUGCCACUUCUGCGCAUGCGUGUGACGUCAUUUUGACUGUCUGCGCAAGUGGCAAAACCCGGAAGUAACGCAGUGUGUUACUUCCGGUCGCCACAGCGCACAAUCCAAAAUACUUAUCCCGAAGCUACUUCAUCUCGUGGUAUGAGUGUAUAUGCUUUAUUUUUAGUCUGACAUUUUAUAUCAUUCUUGCUUAUAUUAAUUUCUACUGAAUCCAGUCUGUGAAAUGCUAUAAAGAUAACUUUACAGUGAGUUUUGAAAUGGUUUUUAAAGGGAAUCAGGCCUAUUUUUGUAUAUAUUUAUUUUUACAAUAUUUCUUCUAACUUCAAGAACACGAACUAGGGACGAUAUCCUCUCUAGACGUGAGCGAUCAAAAGAUGUCAGCCCACUUAGGUGGUCCCCAUCCAGAAGAAGAUCCAGGUCUCCUAUUCGACGAAGAUCUCGCUCAGUUCUUCGACGUAGCCGGUCUCCAAGAAGGAGGAGUAGAUCUCCUCGGAGAAGGUAUAUAUUCUACAAUACUGUAAAAAUAAGUAGAAAUUAAUCUUGUACGUUAACCGAGAAUGGUUCUUUUUUUCAAUGCCAUAACACCGCCACUAUGGGUUGUAAUCAACAAAGUUGUUCUGUUAGCACAAGGACUUAUGCCUGCUCAAUAGUACUUCCUCUGCUUGGGAGAGGUAAGGGAACCCCCAGAACAUAUUUGAGUGGGGGCUCGAGGGAAGAGGAAGUCAGAUUGCAGAGGCAGAAGUCCUUGCACUAAUGGGGCAACUCUGUAGGACACAGCCCUAUACAUUUUGCCAAUUCCCUAACACUCCUAUGCUUCAUCUAGGAGCAUGCUACUCAAGUUGUGGCUGUCCUGCUCCCUCUGUUGACCAGAGAGGAAACCAGUGCUGGCCUAACUUUGAAUUCCAAACCAACAUGCAAGGUUUAUUAAUAUCUAAACAUGAGAGGAAGUGAAGAACAAACCUUGCCUCAUCCUAAGUUUUUUUUUUUUGUUUUUGUUUUUUUGCUUUUGAAUGGAACAGGUUUGAACCUUAAAAUGCUUCAAGCAAAUAUAUAAAUAUAAGAGAUACUUUGUCACAUUGAUUCUUUUUUCUUUUAAUUCCACAUUUUCAGGGAUAGGGGUCGACGGAGUCGAUCUCGUCUUAGGAGGAGAUCUAGGUCACGGGGUGGCCAUAGGCGGAGGAGUAGGAGCAAAAUAGAAGACAAAUUUAAAGGAAGCCUUUCUGAAGGGAUGAAGGUGGAGCAAGAAUCCUCAUCAGAUGAAAAGUAAGAACUGAAUUUUAAUGUUUCGUAUUGUGAUCUUCUACCAAAUUUUUCUGUGUGUAGAUAGAUGAAAUGUCUUCUUUUUCUUAAAUCAAAAGUAUUUUCAACAUGGAGGGCAAUCUUGAAUAUUAAUAGUGAGUUCAGUGCUGUAGCUAGUUGCUCCUCUACCUAAUGUACCACAUUUUUCUUGUUAUUUUAACUUAUUGGCUAAAUGCUGACCCAUACCUGGUGAACUUGUUACUACUCUUCUGUCAUUCUGUUCAGUUUGAUAGGGCUCCAGUGCCAGAUGUUAGGAGACCUUGGGAAUGAUUGCCAGUUGAUUAAUAUUUGAUCUCAUAUUGACUGAGGCUCUGCUACAGGAACCUUUAGUUAUAAGCAAUCAGGUUUGUAGGUUAUAUCCAACAGUGCUACCCAGCUGAUAAUAAGGCCCAUUUUCAGCAACUUCUCUCUCCAUAGUUCCUUACAGUCUCCCUAAAUCUGCACCAGAGUAUUUUAGAGUGUUGCCGGGGGGGGGGGGGGUAGGGUUGCAGUGGUGAUGGGAAAUGAGCCAAAAAAAUGUUUCCCUCCCUGUUCUGCUGAUGGAGGCCUUGCCAAGUCAAACUGUUGGAUAGGAUCCAAUACAAAUAUGUAUUCCUAGUCUCAACCAUAUAGUUUGUAUUUGUUUUUGGCCAGACAAUACUUGGGCACAGUGAAGUUAAAAUGCACAUACUUAAUCUCCACGAAAAUGAAGACAUAUAUUCAUAUAUAUGUGAAUAUAUACCUGUCAUUAUACUUACUUGCCAUCCAUAAUUAUAAUAAAGGCAAAUAGAUUGGUUAAUCUGUGGGUCAUAUAUGAAAAGGGACUGGUAAAAUGUUUAUGCAAUAAUCUCAAUAGUCAAAAUUUCCCCAAUAUCUUAAUAUUUACAUACAUCUAUUCUAGGACUGUUAAUACCAAUCAAUGCAGUUAAAACCAAAUGCAGUCAAGUACACUACAAGGAGAACAUAAAUACAACAAAGAGCAAUGUUGGUCAAAUUAAAAAUACAACCAUUAACCAUAAUAAUUCCUCCAUAGUGUAUUAAAUUAGUUUGAAUGAAUUACAACAGCUAAUAUCUAAUACUUACAAAGCUUAUAAAUAAUGGUCAAUUAUAAUAAAACUUUGGGUUUUUUCCUGUCAGUCUGUAAUGUGAAGUUAUUUAAAUUAACGUUUUAGGAUCCAAGUCUUUGAGUAUUGUUUUCAGGGUAUAUGAGUAUAAAUUAUUGCAUCAUUAAGUGAACUGAAGGAUAUGUCAAUCAUCAUUUUUAAUAGCCUUGAAGACUUUGACGUUGAAGAAGAAGAUGAGGAAGCUUUGAUAGAGCAGAGAAGGUUACAGAGGCAAGCAAUUGUUCAGGUAUGUGAUAGUGCUGUACUACCACCCCUCCAAACCAGACUGUAAUUUUGUGAAAGCUGAUCGUCCAUACUGUUUCCAUAGAGUGUGGUCAGGCAUUCAAGUAGCCAUAGUUACAAGGACUAUCCAUUCAACUUUCUGUUAUAAUUAGCUGCCACAAAUUCCCUCAUGUCUAGGUACUGCAAAGGGAAAAGAGUGCAUUGAACAAAGAGUGCACACAAUAAAUGCCAAGUCAUCACAUUCUGCAGCAUGCUAAGUGGCAUGCUCUAACUGGUGUAUGUGGUAGCACCCUAGUAACCCUGGGCAAACACCCACAGACAUAUCUAUUAUGUUUCCUUUGGCUUAGAAAUGAAGAGUUGGAUCCAGUGUUGCCUUAAUAAGUCUGUCUGCCCAAGAAAGCCUUUCCUGCUCUCUUCAAGGACCCUUAGGAAAAAAAUCUGAGAUCAAAUAACGUAGAACUGUGGAGUUGGAAGGGACCACGGGGGUCAUCUAGUCCAACCCCCUGCAAUGCAGGAAUCUUUUGCCAAACAUGACUUGAACUCAUGACCCUGAGAUUAAGAGUCUCAUGCUCUACCAACUGCGCUAUCCAUAAUGCAGUAGAGGUCUGCAAUAAAAUGAAGUGUGUGGGAAAUGCCUCUCUUUCAAGUGAACAACUGCUUCCACGGUGCUGGAAUAAAGCAAAAAGAUUUCUUUGGUUUAAAAAGGUAAAGGGACCCCUGACCAUUAGGUCCAGUCGUGGCCGACUCUGGGGUUGCAGCGCUCAUCUCGCUUUACUAGUCGAGGGAGCGGGCGUUGGUUCGCAGACAGCUUCCAGGUCAUGUGGCCAGCAUGACUAAGCCACUUCUGGCAAACCAGAGCAGCGCACGGAAACGCCGUUUACCUUCCCACCGGAGCAGUACCUAUUUAUCUACUUGCACUUUGAUGUGCUUUUAAACUGCUAGGUUGGCAGGAGCAGGGACCGAGCAAUGGGAGCUCACCCCGUCGUGGGGAUUCGAACCACCGACCUUCUGAUGGGCAAGUCCUAGGCUCUGUGGUUUAACCCACAGCGCCACCUGCAUUUAUAUCCCCACAAAAUGUACAUUUUUUCAGUGGCUUAAGUAAUGGAAGCUUUCUUUUUACAGAAAUACAAGUACCUAACUGAAGAUAGCAACAUGUCUAUGCCAUCUGAACCAAGCAGUCCUCAGAGCAGCACUCGCAGUCGCUCAAACUCACCUGAUGACAUUCUAGAGCGGGUAGCUGCUGAUGUUAAAGAGUAUGAACGGGAAAAUGUGGACACUUUUGAAGCCUCAGUGAAGGCUAAGCACAACCUCAUGGCUGUUGAGCAAAAUAAUGGUAAGAAUCAAAUUCCUGUAAAAUGUGUUCUGAAAAAAGAUCUGCAACAAGUAAAAUCAAAAGUGAGAUACAUUUGAUAUGGCAGCCAUGAGUAAGAGACUGUCUCCUUAAUUUUAGAAUAUCAUGAAAUAUUGUACAAGUUUGCUCACUUGUAGAAAGCUAAGUUAAAUUAUGCCUGGGGUCGCUCCGGACUUGGUAUGCUGAGUCACCAGAAAACAAGGACAUGCCUCUCACUUUAUCAGGCUGACUGAACACACAGUCAAAAUUCAGAAACGUUUUUGUGCAGUUCUCAGCGCAAUGUAAUAUGGCUUUCUUACACAUACCCAGAUCCCAAUAAAAUGUAAGUGGUUGGAUCCAGACUUAGACAUGCUUAGAGUAAAAGGUAAAGGUACCCCUGACAGUUAGGUCCAGUCGCGGACGACUCUGGGGUUGCGGUGCUCAUCUUGCUCUAUAGGCUGAGGGAGCCGGCAUUUGUCCACAGACAUGGUCAUGUGGCCAGCAUGACUAAGCCGCUUCUGGCAAACCAGACCAGCGCACGGAAAUGCCGUUUACCUUCCCGCCAAAGCAGUACCUAUUUAUCUACUUGCACUUUGACGUGCUUUCGAACUGCUAGGUGGGCAGGAGCAGGGACCAAACAACGGGAGCUCACCCCGUCGCAGGGAUUCGAGCCACCGACCUUCUGAUCAGCAAGCCCAAGAGGCUCGGUGGUUUAGACCACAGCGCCACCCAUCAAAAUUGAUAGGACAUUAGUUAGAAGUUAGAAGAUUGGACAGUUGUGGGCAGGAUUACUGUGACUAGAUUACUGACUGGAAUGGGGGAAAGAACCCUAUCUUGUCAAUAUUGGUGGCUUGGCAACUAGGUACUUUAAGGGACCACCUCUUUCUGCGUGCGCACACACACACACACACCCCGGGUGUAUUACGAUCUGCUUUAGGUCCUUUUCUGGGUCCUGUUGCCAUCAGAGAUGAGGCAGGUGGUGAUCAGAGACAGGACUUCCUUGUGGUGACACCCUAACUUUGGAAAUCUGAAGGUUUAUCUGCUGCUAAGUUUUAUGUCUUUGUAUUAUCCAGGUGAAAACCUUAUUCCAGAUCUUUAGAUACAUAGAGUUUUACCCUGUUUUUUUCUUGCACUGUAAGUUGUGUAGUUGGGAUUGUUUUAAUUUAAGGCAGUUGAUGAUGAACCAAAUGAGGUGAGUAGUAUCCCUCUUCACGUGACAGAGGCAGGAGAGCAAAGAAUUUUGGGAGGCAGACCUAGUUCCCUCAGUUUUAGACAGCUCCCUGUUUACACAGGGGUUACGUUCCGAGGCACCGCACACAUUGGUGAAAUCGUGUAUAAUUGAAACCUAUUGAGAAAGCCUGCAAAUACCCUGCCCCACCCCUGUUCUGCCAUUUUAGUGAUAUUUCAGUGACAUCUUUACAAUGUUUCCAGGUCACUUCUGCACGUAUACCCCGUCGCACACACAUUAAACACACAUAAACGAAGGGCUGCCUGUAUUUUAAUUGUGUUGCACAUUGCUCUUUGGUCCAGAAGAUUCUGAGAGCAGGAUAUUAAUGGAAUGAUCUGUAGAAAUGUUAAGGCUAUCUUGUAUUCUUUAUCAUUGCUUUCAUGAAUGUGAAUUCUUUUAAGGUUCGUCUCAGAAGAAAAUUACAGCUCCUGACAUGUUCACAGAAUCAGAUGAUAUGUUUGCUGCAUAUUUUGAUGUAGGUAAUUUUUGUAUAAAUGCUUUUUGAAGUGCUGCUAUCUUUUGGUAAAGAACAUAUAUAAAAAUUUCUAAAAGACCACUGGAUUAAUUCCCAGGUUUUUUAUCCAAUGGUGUCUGUGAGCGAGCAGAAUGGACUUCCAUCUCCACAACAGAAGUUCAUCUUCCUUUCCUCCCCACUGCAGCCCAAUAUGUACCUAGAGGUUAAUACCCCCAAAGCAGGUUUAAGAGGAGGGGGAGGAAGGGAACUCUCACUGUGUGAAUAAAGGUCUCCUCAUUCAAUGUUGGGUUUCGCCCUGAAUCAUUUAAACCAUUAACUCUAGAAAGUGAUUAUUUGACCAUUUUCAUUGUUGCAGUUGCAUUAGGGAUAAUACCAGAAUUACUCAGCAGAAUUCAAAUAGCCCAAAUAGUAAGCUAAACACUCAUCAGCUUUAAUGAGAGAUGCCUAGCAUUGAUGUUUUGUAUGUUCUUUGAAGUACAGAGUGUCUUUGCCCUUUGAUAUUGGGCCUUCUAAAGACUUUUUGUGAGCUGUCUAGGAAACUAUGUAAUUGGGCAACCAGUAAAUAGAUAAAACAGUUCGUGUAGUUUCAUAGGCAAAUAUGAAGGAAAAAGCUAAAUGAGAUUUACUUUAUUUCAGAGUGCACGCCUUAGGGCUGCUGGCAUUGGAAAAGACUUCAAAGAAAACCCCAAUCUCAGGGAUAACUGGACAGAUGCAGAGGGGUAUUAUCGUAAGUAUGAUUGGUACAUCUCAUAUAUAUUAUCAACUGAGCACAACUGCAGAUUAAAGGAAUCCUGUUUAAAGGCCAGCAGAAUAACAUUUUAAUGUUGCAGGGCUAUCUCCCACAUUUAGAACAUCAAAGAAAACGUGUGAGUGAAUAAAUAUAUAGUCCACAACUCUAGCUUACAUUUUCCCAGUUUUUCUCUGGAAGCAACCAUCAACAUUCGCCAUUCAAUGGAAACCAGAAUAAUGGCUCGGAAAAUAAGUUCCAGCUUUAUUUGCCAAACUGGACUCAGAAUGCAAACACUUCACUGAAUCUCCUUCAGGAAUAUUGCAUAAACAACUACAAAAUCCACAGGAAAAUGGGUUCUCUUUUAGUUUUCUCAUGUGGGAAAACAAGUUAAUAUUGUUCAAAAUCCCUGAAAAGAAAUGUCUUGGUACUUGAUUUGGGUGAGGCAUAGAGAACUUGAGAAGUUGGAACUAAUUGGCCAGAAAGCUGGCUUUACUCUGGUGCCAAUAGGCACCCUAGCUUGGUUUUCACCAGUCACCCUGUUUGCAUUGCUUGGGGAUAAAGAGGACACAUUUGUGUAAAAAGUGUGAACCUUCCAGCUCUUCCCUGCUGUGACAAGGAAUUGCUGGCAUUGGUUCACACAGAAGGUGGAGACCAUUCAUACUCUUACUUUUACAUAUUUAAAAUGCUGUUUGGGUAUUUUGCACAAAUGUUCUUUCAAGAGCAUAAGAAAUGCCCUGCUGGAUUGAACCGAAGACCCACAAACUUCAGCAUCCUGUUCUCACAUUGACUGGCCAGAUGGCUAAUGGGAAACCCACAAGCAGAACUUUAGUGCAACAGCGUUAUCCCCACUUGUGAUUUCCUGCAGCUGGUAUGCCCUUUGACAAUUGAGUUCAAACAGGCAUGUUGUAGUUUUCAAAUUUGCCUGUACAUAGUAUCUUCCAUUGUUCUCCUUUAAAGAGUUACCUUGCUAAAUCCUCAUGUUCUUUAAACUCUCAUAGUACUUCGGGGAUUCUGUGUUGACUGCUCAUUGUAAACUGAGUGGGAAGAAGUCAGGGAGUAGUAUUAUGUAUUCAUAGAAAACCUAUUUAGGUGUUACUCGGGUUCUAACUGACUUGAGAUCAGGAGUGAGUCUGGGGCUCCACCAUCCCUUCAGUGUAGAAGGUAAGAAGCAAGCUAGUUAUCAACAUGUUCUGUCUUAUCCAGUUGGGAGGAUUUCUCAUUCAAACACAAUAUUUGCAUUUCUAUCCAGAACAAAGACAGAGGAGUUAUGUUAAAGCAGGCAGUGACCCUUAAUGGAAAUUGCCAUUAUGGCUACACCCUAUAUGCAUUUCUGUACAGGUAAAUCCUCCUUGAUUGAUUGAUAGAUUGGCACUGAAAAUGCAUUUAACAGCAUCUUUUUUCUUUUCCUUAGGCGUUAACAUAGGUGAAGUUCUAGAUAAACGCUACAAUGUAUAUGGGUACACUGGCCAAGGAGUUUUCAGUAAUGUGGUGAGGGCCAGAGAUAUGGCAAGAGCAAACCAAGAAGUGGCUGUCAAAAUCAUUAGGAACAAUGAGCUUAUGUAAGUAAAAAAAUUUUACAUCUCAAGAUAAAAUGAACUAAAACAGUAGUGGCCCUAAAAGUUUUGCAGAGAUGCAUGAGCAGUAACUGAAGAUUUACACAAUAUUCAGGAAGACUGUUAUGUAGCAUGUUUUGUAAAUAUAUAGAAUCCUGUUAUUUGUAAACUACUAACCUGUAGCUGCUGGUUUCAGUAGUUGAGCGACUAACUGUAAAGAGUUGGUGUUCAUCUGCUGGAAGACGGUUUAUUAAUCUAGUGAAGCCUUCUGUCCGCAGAAUAGAAAUGGAGGUGAUACUUGACAGUCUCCCUCCACUCCUUUCUCCAGCCCCCAUGCCACCUCCUUUGUUCUUCAAAAACUACUCCAACCCUCUGGAGCAGAUUUGAAGAGACAUUUAAGCUGUUCCACUGAAUUAACCGUUACAUUCUAGGACUGUGUUCUUCAGCAUUGGGUCCCCAGAUGUUGGACUACAACUUCCAUCAUCCCUGGCCAUUGCCUAAGGAGGCUGGGUGUUGUAGUCCAACAACAUCUGGGGACCUAGAUUGAAGAACAAUAUUCUAGGGCAGGCACAGGCAAACUCGGCCCUCCAGAUGUUUUUGGCCUACAACUCCCAUGAUCCCUAGCUAACAGGACCAGUGGUCAGGAAUGAUGGGAAUUGUAGUCCCAAAACAUCUGAAGUGCUGAGUUUGCUUAUGCCUGUUCUAGGGAUUAUAAUAGCCCAUAUUACCUCCUCCUUCCCCAUAACAGGAAGUUCCCAUAACAGGAUGUUCUCUAUCUUCUUGCCUAAUCUUUGCAAGCUUCAGUCUUGCAUUCAUUCAGUCACAGUUGCAAACCAGAAGUUUCUCAUAUCAGAUAAGGUCCUUCUGCUCUUAUCCUUAUGGCUGCCUUGUCUGCCUAGUCUCCAGAGAGCAUUAUAUUUCUUCUGGUAGUGGCAACCCUUAAGUUCAGAUUACAUUGAUCCUUGUAGUUGUAAUAUUGUUGCUGUUGCUUCUUUAUAUAUUUCUUUAUAUCAUUUAAACCUCUGAAUUUUAAAUGGUGUUUUUGUGAUGUAUAUUAUAAUAAAUGGAUUUAUUUUCAGGCAAAAAACUGGUUUAAAAGAAUUGGAAUUCUUGAAAAAACUCAAUGAUGCAGAUCCUGAUGACAAGUUCCAUUGCCUGCGAUUGUUCCGGCAUUUUUAUCACAAGCAGCACCUUUGUUUAGUAUUUGAACCACUCAGGUAAGGUUUAAAAUAAUGCUGUUUAGACUGUUCAUCUUAGACCUGUUCAUCUCCUUAAACUAAACCUUGUUUGAAAGUUUCAGAAGUAGUUCUUCCUCAGCAUAUAUAUAACAGGGUAUUCUGGAAUAGGAUAUUUGAAAAAGAAAUAAGCAGAAUGACCUGACACGUCAAGUUGCAAUUUGUUCCAUCAGAGACGGUUACUAUUAAAGCAGAAUAGUGUCAAGAGGAGAAGGUUCCAAAACUAUAGAAUUAUCCUGGCAUUAAAAUUGGAAAGCCACAGAACAAUAUUUAUGUCGCCUCAGCUUCUUCUGGGGAGGAAAAAACCUAAACACAUAGCAGAGUUCCCAAAAAAUAGACCAGAGGCAAUUGUACUUUAUCCAGCAGAGCUUGACUUGCUACUGAAGGCAAAUGAGCAUAAUGGUCACAAAUCCAAUUCAUUCAGGAUUGGCACAGUCCAUAAAAAUCCAGUUGCAGCGCUUACAAGAAAAUUUACAAGUAUUUAUAAUAAGACUAAACCUUAACACUAUAGCAUGCAGAAACAGAACAAAGAGACAGAAAGUGAGUAACCCAGGAUCCUCCUGGCCUGACUAUAAUAGUCGGCAUGACCUUGACAGAAAGAAUAACAGAACCUGUUUAAAUUUGCUAUAUUCAGCUUCCCAGAAGGUAUAACCCAAACAACAGAAACCUUUCAAACAGAGAAGCUGCUUGAAACUUCUUGAGCUAAGAAGCAGAACAGGAAAGAUUUCUACACAUCAGAUCAAUACUUUCUGUACUAAAAAAUGCAAACUGACAAUUUAUUCAUUAAAACAUAAGCUAAAAAAUUGUUUAUACACACACGGAUUAAUUUUAAUUCCAUGUGUACAUAGAAUUAGGAGAGUUAAAAGUAGUGGCAGUGUUUUCUGAUGGAAGACGUUAGCGAUCUUUUAAUUCCGGAGCCAAAACAGAAGCAUUCUUUUCAUGUAGGGUGGGUCAUUUCUGUUCUGGUAAUCAAGGUUCUGUCCUGUUACUUCGUGUGUGUUUAGAAAAUCAAUCUCUGAAGGUGCUAAGAAAUAGCUCUAUUCAGUUAUAAAUACAUGUAAGUUUUCUCAGUUAUUUGCAACUAAAUCAUUGCAUGCCUGGAACAACUUCCAUGAGUGCAAUGGAGCACACCCACCCACCCACCCACACACACACACACACACUUUCCCUUCCUCACAACCCCCAAAUCUGCUCUGAAGAGUUGGGGAUCCCUGCAGAGCAGAUCUGGGGGUGUGCAAGGGGAGAGGAAGGAGAAGUCGGAAGUUCCACUGCACACGUUUGAGUUGUUCCAUGUGCACAAUGAUUUAUAUAGACGCAACUCGCAAUCUGCCGCCUGAUGUUCAGCUAAUAGAUUUUCUAACAAACGCUGUCGCUAAGUACAGUACACCCUUUUCGGUGGUCCAUUACAAGUAAGUUAUGGGCUGAAAUGGUGGGGUAUAAAAAAUCUUUCAAGAUUUAUAUUGUUAUCUGUGAUACAUUUAUAUGAUACGGUGUUAUAAAAAUAGUUUUACAAAUAAUAAAUAAAGUUAAUGUUGUUUAAACAAUGUUAUUACAGAUUGACUUCUAUAAACUUCCUGUACAUUGAAUUACUAUGUAUUACUAUUUUUAAUGUGUUUGACAUUCGGUUUCUUCCACCUUCUACUAUCCCCAUCUGUUGUGUGUCUCUUUUCAAUUUAGUAUGAACUUACGAGAGGUGCUGAAGAAGUAUGGAAAAGAUGUUGGCCUCCAUAUAAAGGCAGUACGGUCAUAUAGUCAGCAGCUGUUCCUAGCAUUAAAACUUCUUAAAAGAUGCAACAUCUUGCAUGCUGAUAUCAAACCAGACAAUAUUUUAGUAAGUAAUACCCUGUUUACAUUGUGUCAAUUUCUAUGAGAUUUAAUUCAUAUUCUCUCUCUCUCUCUCAUGGAUUUUAUGCUGAAAAAUAUCAGUGACUGGUUGAUUUCUCCCCAACUGCCUGAUCAUGGCUACCUUCCCUGGUGUCCCACAAGUCCUCCCCCAAGGGAAGAAGCAAUUUCUAUGAAUAAGAUCCAACCCAACUUAGUAUAGUAAUACAACAAAUAAGAGCAAAUUUAAUCAAGCUUGCAUUCCAAAUUAAAGAUGUGCCGUCGCUUAGGACUGGUCUUUAUGGCGAACCAUCCCUGUGGAGUGACCCACCCUAGGUCAACUGUAACAUAUAGAGCUCUCUCACCGAAUGGAUUGCUCCCAUUACACAGAGAAAUUCCUUGCUGGUGCCGCAACCACACUCUCAAACAGCCUUCACAUUACUUGUAGAGUGGCUGGGGAAACCUGGCCAAAUCGGCAGGGUAUAAAUAAUAAUGUUGUUGUUAUUCUUAUUAUUGUAGGAGCAGUCUACUUGUCAUUUUAAGUUUCAGUAGUUUACUGGCAACAUUUGAAUUCUAAUAUUUGGUCAGUGCUAAUUGUAAUACGCUAGCUAGCAUUUUAAUGUAUAAUUUAGAAUUAUUCUCAUAACCUGCUUAUGCACCUACAUGAUAAAUUAGCAUUCCACAGAAAAUGCAUCACUGACAUAACUGCCUUUGUAUCAGUAGGCACACUUAACUCCAACCCCUGACAGUUUCAGCAUAUAUUUUUUUUGCAUAAGAAGGAACAUUUUAGUUAUGCAUACAGUUACAAGGAUGCAUGGAAUAAGGACAGUAACCCACUCUGUGCAAACAUUGUACCAAACAGUUUUUGAAAACAUUUGGGUAUGGGCUGCUGGGAAGUUAGCUAUAUAGAAUCUUUAUUGGAAUAGAUUGCUGUUGACAACCACAAAACAUAGAUUGGAUGCUGGGCAAAAUAAUUCAAGUGCAAACUCUGUGAGGUGAAGUACAAAUUCAUUUCAGAUGUUUCUUCUUCAUGACUAUCAGGUGAAUAAAUUCCAGUUUUUCUCAACAGAUGUCAGUAUUAACUGCAGAGUAAAUUCCUUUUAAAAUAUGGCAUCUCUAGAAGUUACACAUUCUUUCAGACAGUUAUGGGUUUUUUGACAUAUAUAAUUUUUAAAAGAUGCCAAGAACAAAAUAAAGCUUUUGGAUCAGACCGUGGGGCUAUUUAGUCACAGCAUCCUAUUGUUUACAGUGGCCCUAUCAGAUCCUUCCAGGAAGCCCAUAGCAGAGCAUGAAGUCACAGCACUUUCCAUUGGUUCACAGCACACAGUGUUCAGAUUCACCUUGCUUUUGAACUCUAUCCUGCUUUUAAAUAAAAUCAGUAUUAAUAUGUGCUAAAUACAUAUGUUGAACUUCUUAAAGGUUGGUGGUUAGUUUGCACAAUCAGUGUCAUUUGCUACUUUCUCCAUUAAGUACAAUUCUUGUUGCUUUUUUUAAGGUGAAUGAAUCUAAAACUAUUCUAAAACUCUGCGAUUUUGGGUCGGCUUCACAUGUUGCGGAUAAUGACAUCACACCGUAUCUUGUCAGCCGAUUUUAUCGUGCUCCUGAAAUUAGUAAGUUAAUCUACUCUUGAGAUAUUCUUGUUUACAUUCGAAUUCUGCAGUUAAUGUUGAUUUUAACUUGCAUAUUUAUGAAGAAGGACCGCAAAAAUUGAAUUUUAUACAUGGCAAAAUUUCUUGGUGCAGCCUUAGAUUUUAAUAGUUAUCAAUCAACCAACUAGCAUGGGUGUAUGGCAGGCUACUGCGAGAAGGAGAACAAAUUCCAUCUACAAGUUUCCUUGGCUUUUGGUUUAUCAAGUCUUCCCUUACUGGGUCCCCUCCUCCAUCCUUCACCAAUGUCUUUCGCCACUCCUCCUUUUUCAAGGUUCCCUAGUUGCUGCUUCUCCAUUUUCCUUUCACUUGGUUGAUACUAUCUCCCCAUCUCCUUGCCUAAGCCACACUCUUGCCUCUGACAUUCUUUCCCCUCUGCAUAACAGAUGAUCAGACUGGGCACGGAAGCUUCUGUAGUAUAUUGUACUGUAUUAUCUGCUGCUACACCAUAAAAUCUCUGUUCUACAAACUUUUUCACCCACCUUUUCACCCAAUCUCUUUUCACCUCCCAUCUGACACUCUUGAUCUGAAAGAAAUUAAGGCUGGUGUGGAGCAUCACUGAUGGAUGAAUUUUGAAGUUUAGAAAAGGAUAUGAUGGCAAUGAUGUUUUAAUAGUAUACCAAUUUUUACGAGCUGAGUGGCACGGGAGAAAUAUCAUAGAUACUGCAACUCAUUUAUUCUGUUCUUUUUGUGGCUGGCUGAUCCUAGAAAAGUGAGUGACCUUUACUUGAGUGUGUCAUUUUCUAUGAUUAAUGGUUUUAAUUUUACAACUGUUCUCCUUCAGUUAUAGGCAAAAUCUAUGACUACGGUAUAGAUAUGUGGUCUGUAGGCUGUACAUUAUAUGAACUUUACACAGGAAAAAUAUUGUUUCCUGGGAAAACCAACAAUCAUAUGUUGAAACUUGCUAUGGACCUCAAAGGAAAGAUGCCAAACAAGGUAAAGAAAUAAAUUGCUUGUAAAGAUGAAUAACAUUCUAGAAUUUUCCCUGAUCUUGUAGGAAUCUUGUAACAUCCCAACUUGUUCACCCUGCCCCUAAACUAUGGUUUACAGCCUGCGGAUAUUCUUUCUGAAAGGGGCCAAUAUGCUAUUAAAACUUAAUUCUAGUGGAACUUCCCACUAACUAGAGUCUGUGGGUGGAACUCACCAUUGCCUGAGAGGACUCCUGCUUGCACAACAGUUUUUCACCUUUCUUUCCUCCCCACUGCAGCUCCCUUUAUGCCACCCUCUAGAGAAGACUUGGAGGAUAUGCAGAGGGCUGCAGGUGGGAAGAGAGGAAGAUGUAGUCUUCUUGUGUGAGCACAAAUGCAUUCCACUCACACGCUGAGAGUAUGGGAUACAACAGUCUAUCGUUGAUGCAAAUGAAAAAGACAUCUCAUUUUUUAUUGUAGAUUUUUCUCUCUCUCUGCAGUGAUCUGAAGAAAUAGAACGUAAUGACCCUUGAUGUUUUCUGGAAGUAACGUGAGGCUUUUGAUGUAGGCUUGUCUUAGUUUUCUGGAGUUAAAUGUGUAGAGGCCUAUUUUAAGAUGCUACCUUUUUAUCAGUUGAAGAUCUCAUACGCCCUAAGCUUCUGAGAUCUGUGUAAAAUAAAGUGCACUUAAUUUUCCAGUUUGCCUACAUGGUUGAAAUAAGCCUGUCUCCUUGAGAUUAUUGCUUUCAUGUUUUAUACUUGUGGACUUUUUAAGACUUUCAAUUUGCUAUCUAUUUUCAGAUGAUCCGAAAAGGAGUCUUCAAAGAUCAACACUUCGAUCAAAAUCUCAACUUUAUGUACAUAGAGGUAGAUAAAGUAACAGAAAGGGUAAGUCUGAACUACACUAAGUAAAAUGCGAUGUUCUGUUAGGAAAUUUCUCAUGCCUUUUUUGUAGGUUUAAAUUAGAAUUUGGUGAAUAUGGUUGUUAUAUAAAUUUUGCAACUUUUUGUAUGAAGGGCUUGUUUUAAAACUCAUUGACAUACACCAAGCUUGGGAGAGAUCAGUAACCAUAUACAGCAUAUUCUUCAAAUUGGCAGCAAACUUAUUAUCAUAGAGAACCACAUGAACAAAUACAUGAAGAUUUUAUACAAUAGCAGCUGAAUUGGUUCAGCGGAAUACCCAAACUAUUCACUAGUUGCAGAUUUACAGUGAAGGUUGAAAUACUUUCAUCCUUAUUUAGUUUAGAGAAAGCAGUCCACGCAGUACAGAAUACACAGAAAGCUCCUAUCUGGAGGGUACAUUCCCUUUAUUUCCCCAAGGUGAACCCCAAUUUUCUCUUCUAGUCUGAAAGAUCUACCUUGUUAAGGUAAGAUAGGGGACAAAAAUUGUUAUGAUUGCAUUGAUGUUAAAUAGUGAACUGUUGAGUCUGUGCACUGAGUAGCUUUGCUUUCAGCCUCAGUUCUGCAGCGUUGAUUUGGCACGAGAGGGGCUUAAGUUAGUGGUGGUUGAGGAAGGUGGGGAGUAGGGAAAGAGAAGCUCAAGGAAGUGCAGCAAAUGAUGGAUGCUCAGCCAUUUACAGUGCUGUUCACAGGCAUAGCUAAGAGAUGUAGCUCUCCUCACCUUGGCUGUGAUCACACGGAAUAGUGAUUGGGUGCUGUGAAGGACUUCAGAGAAAAGAUUUUCACAGCGCAGUAAUAAUCAGCUUUUAGCUGGGUGGGAAGGCGGCUGAACUAGGGUGCAAUCAAAGAUGUUUAGUUAGAAUCCGAUUAAAGUUACUAGUUUUUUCUCCAUUUCCAUGAAAACGCUAGCACUUUUCACCUAGCAUGAUCCAGCCUUCUGCAGUCCGUAAAAUAAGAAACUCCAUUUAGCUGUUGAAUGCAAUAUGCCCCAUUUAAAAUAACAAAGUACCACCCUAAAUUGGAAUGUCCAUAUACUAUUUUAUGGCUUUAUUGUUGCCUCAGAUAUUAAGUGCUGGAUGCCCUUAUCUUUGUAGGAAAAAGUAACUGUCAUGAGCACCAUUAAUCCAACAAAGGACCUGCUGGCAGAUUUAAUUGGGUGCCAACGCCUCCCUGAAGAUCAGCGCAAAAAGGUUCACCAGCUGAAGGACUUGUUGGACCAGAUCCUCAUGUUAGACCCAGCUAAACGGAUUAGUAUCAACCAGGCGCUACAACAUGCCUUCAUCCAGGAGAAAAUUUAAAUCCAGCGAAGAUGUUCAAAGGGUUUGACUAGUUAAUAUACAAAGACUGAUGCAAUUUCACAGCAAUUUAUAAAUGUACAUAUAGCAUAUAAAUAAUUACCCUGCAAAGUUGAGGAAGAAUGAUAUAUUUGAAUUAACACCAAGGCGGAUAUUUCUUUUAGAAAUGUUAGAGUAAAUCUGUUUGUCUCUCACGUGAAGAUUUUUUCACUGUAGAACUGUUUUAUUGCCAAGACUGCACAGAAAUACAACGCUAGCGUAUAUGGCUGCAGUUCCCAAACAUAUAUAUAUAAUAUAUAUAUAUAUAAACACACACACACACAUAUGCUCCCUCUCUCUCACCCUAACUAAAUGCAACAAAGCAUCUCUUAAAAUAUCAGUAAGACUGGGUGGUUGAUUUUGGUUUUUAGCAGAUUUGGCUUCAUUUUGGUCUCUGAAAAAUGGCCAGCAUAAAUGCUGUUUAUAUUGCAUUUUCCUAGGUGUGUGCGUGCAGGCCACAGCAGCAUGCCCUUGGUGUAGUCAGUGCCGAAGGGGGUCUAUUCCUUCUUGAGCCUGCCCGCAGGGAUGGUCUCCUCUUUUAAAGCAGGUUGCGUACAACUUUCAGUACACUGAAGGUAAGCUAAACCAUCAACAUCACUGACGUUUAAGAUGUUAAUUGUACUGGAGCAACUGGCAAAUGAGGGUCAAUAGCUUUGUAGCAGAAUUCCCUGCAUGUUUUUAUAAAUGAUCUUGUUUUUUUGUUUUCUGGCAUUACAACUGUGGCAUAAUUCCAGCUUCUGUUUGAUCAUCACAUUCAAAGAAAAGAAAAAUUGGGGAGUGUGCACUUGAUGGAGAGAGCGCCUUCAGUGUACUGUUUAUUACUUUCACUUUUAAAAAUCAACUUGCUAUAUAUAUAGACUUUAUACAUUUUGUUAAAUGCAGUUCACUAUGGCAUAGAGCCAAUACUUAGAGAAGUUUUCAUUUCCUAACGACAAAUGCGGAGCUCCAAUUCCAAAAGUCCUUAUUUCAUGGCCAGAUAGAGAACACCAUAAUAAAGAUUUUUUAGCUACUUGUAUGUCAUUUGAAAGUGUACUGCUUUAUGCUAAAGGUGUUUUUCAUUUGUUCAUUGUUUUCAUUAUUUGUGAUCAUGUUGUCUUUCAAUACAGGCAUAAACCUUCCACUCUUGAACAAAGCAGCUGCUUUUUAA